GCGGAGGCUCUCCAGUCUCCAAUCCAUCCAGUUCAAAAGAACGCCCGAAAAAGAGGACAAAGAAGAAAGAAAACUGGCAUCAGAGACAAGCAGUUGGCUCCCCUCCCUCCCACUGGCCAUUUUGAAUUUCAUUCAAAUUUCUUAGCUUCCCGACGGCUUUGAUAAUCUGGCGGGCGGCUGAGAGGAGGGAAAACCGGAUUUGCCUGCACAAUUGAUGAUGAAGCUGGCGGAUCCAUCAAUGGCAUUACUCGCCGCUAGUGGCGGCGAUACCGUCAAGCUCUUCGACGUUUCAGUGGAGUCGGGAGACCCCUGCGCCUUGACUUAUACUCCCUCACCUGGUUUCCUGGUCAAUUCGGUUAAGUGGAACCACACUAAUUUAGUUGUGGCAAGUGCCGGUGAAGACAAGAAGAUCUCUCUGUGGAGGAAAAAUGGUCAGAGCAUGGGCACAAUUCCCAUCGCUGGGACGGAUAGUGGAGACGGCAUUGAGGAAUCCAUAUCGGCUAUUAGCUUUAGUAAUAAGGGAUCUAGAUACAUAUGCUCUGGUGGAAGUGGCCAAGUUGUACGAAUAUGGGAUCUACAGAGGAAACUCUGCAUUAAACGGUUGAUGGGUCAUACAAAUGCCAUAACAGGCACUAUGUACAACUGUAAAGAUGAUCACUUGGCUUCCAUAAGUCUAAGUGGGGAUCUCAUUGUUCACAACCUUGCAUCCGGUGGAAGAGCUGCAGAACUGAAGGACCCCAACAACCAGGUACUGAGGGUGCUGGAUUAUUCACGGUUAAGCCGUCACCUCUUGGUUACUGCAGGUGAUGAUGGAUCGGUACAUUUAUGGGACACUACAGGUCGCCAUCCAAAGAACUCUUGGUUGAAGCAACAUUCUGCGCCAGCAGCUGGUGUUAGCUUCUCUCCAUCAAAUGACAAGGUCUCAUUGUAGCCAGUGUUGGCCUGGAUAAAAAGUUAUAUACAUAUGAUUCUGGGUCUAGACGGUCCUCCUCUUGUAUUUCUUAUGAGGCACCAUUUUCCUCAUUGGCAUUUAGAGACGAUGGAUUGGUUCUUGCAGCCGGAACCAGUAGUGGCAGGGUUGUCUUUUAUGAUGUCCGUGGAAAACCACAGCCUUUCACAGUUCUUCGUGCUUAUAGCAGCUCAGAGGUGGGUUUUACCCUUUACUUAAUUCUGGUCUGGACCACAGAAAAUCUAAAUUAUUUAUGUUCGAUUCUGUUUCGUGUAUUUUCCUUGAGUGUUUAUCAUGAGUGUACUAACAUGGAAAGUGGUGAAAGAAGAGGUGCAAUUUUUUAGAAGUCCUGUAGAUGUUCUCUUGGUUAAGAUACAAAACUAGAAAUAGUUUUCAUGCAAUUUUGAGUUUGAGCCUGUUGUAGAUUUAUCUGGCACUUGUAUAGGAGGUGGGUUUUGGAUUGGUUGAUAACAAUAAAUCUUGGCUGUUAGUCAAUGUGAUGCCACUUCAAAACGAGUUUGUGGACAUCGUUUGAUGAAUUACCAUUUUCAUGCCAUUGUAAAUGGUUAUUUGUCAGGCUGUUACAAGUUUAUGUUGGCAAAGAUCAAAGCCAGUUGUUGUAAAUGAUAACUGUACGGCAGAGAGGGCCCUUCUUGGUGGAUCUGUUGAAGAUUCUAUACUUAUGCCUGACCCACUUCCCUCCGUGACCUCUGCUAGUCAUUCAGAAGUUCCCUCCCUUUCAGGAACUGGUAGCGGCUCAACCUUGCCUCCUGUUGUUACUUUCAGUGAAGAAACACCACUUCGGCGGCCAGGUGGACCAUUAACGAGAUUAAAGGCUCCACGUACUGGUUAUAAUUUCACGGAUGACAUGGAAGUAUUCUCGCCACUUGUGGAGGUUCAGCCUAUCACACCUUCUCUUGACAAGUAUUGGGAUAAUCAUGAGGGAUCAAAGUUAGAUAAUGUAUUAGCUGACAAGAAGCCUUCAGCCUUCGUGUUUCCUUCAUCAAGCAGCAGGAGAUAUCCCUUUCCUGAAGAUGGAACAAUCAAUGAACAUCCAAUAUAUGAUUGGAAAUCCAGCUCAAACUCCAGACAGUAGGACGACAGCCGAUCAUCCCAUACCCUCCUAAGUGAGUCGACUCCUCCAUCUUCCAAGAGUGCAGAAACCUCAAUAACUCCUCCAGAAGCUUGGGGUGGUGGUGAGAGAUUUGAUAAGAUCGCACACCUUCGCCAGACAUCCAAUGUUAUUCCACCUCGCUUGGGGAUCUCAACUUCUUCUGGAAGUUUCACUUCAGGAGGGUCAAUGCUUCUCUCAGGCAUGCAAGAUAUAUCCUCAACCAUGAUGAAUCAAACAAGCAUGAGCUCAGUAACCACUAGUUUUCCAAAUUCGAGAGUUAGAGACAUUUCUAUUAGUCAGGAGACAUCGAUUGCAUAUCCAGAACAAUUUUCGUCCUUUAGUCACUUGUCUAUGCCCCUAGGUUCUGCAAAAAGCAUUGUGGGACUGACUAGUAGUAUCGAAGCACCAUCAGGGCUACUAGCAUCACCAAGUCUAGCCCGUAGAUUCUCAACAUAUGCAGAGAGAAUCAGCACCACCUCCUCUUUUAGUGAUGGGAUAUCCCUUGGGGUUGCUUCUCCUAAAGUGAAGAAAACUGGAUUUGAAACCAGGGAAGACCUAUUAAAUAGCCUUUCAUCAAGGUCUGACUCAUUGGCUGCUGUCGCUGCUGAGCCAGGAGUUCUUCCAUUAGCAAAUGGAGGGGUAGCACAACCUCACAAGGCUCUUCUUCAACCUUCUGAUUUGCAGCAGCAGCAGGGGAGUUCAUUUCCUCUUCAGUUAUUUCAACGUGCGAUAGAAGAAACUCUCGGCACAUUUGGGGACUCACUACGUGAAGAGAUAAGGAACCUUCAUAUCGAAGUCCUUAGACAAUUCCAUAUGCAGGAGUGCUCGAAUCGUGAGAACCAAGCUGAGAUGAUGAAGAAAAUUGAGUCCCUCCAGAAGGAAAACCAGGAACUCCGGCAGUUGUUAAGACAGUGACUCAUUUGUUUUGAGUCACUUGAUGAUUGUGGUGAUGAUCAGAUUCAUGGAGUGAGUAGCCCCUCGGGGAAGGCAUACUGCAAACACUCUUGCUCUUCUUCAGGCAGGUGCUGGUAGUGCUUUUCGGUGUUUCUGUUGUUUUGGUUAUGUUUAGACAAAGGGUGUGGGAGUUAAAAGAGGCCUCCAGCUGGGGCAAGGUAGAGGGAGAAUGGGGCAUUCAUUAUCUGCCAGGCAACCUCACCAGUUGAGCAUCUUUUGUUUCUUGAUUCUGUACAGGUACAUUUGCUCGUGUCCAAUGAAAUGAGAUUAUUCUUUCUUUGUUCGUGUUAGGUUUUCAGUUUUCUCCAGGCUCCAGCCAUUUGCCACACCCUGGGUUCAUUUCAUCAACGGUUGAACAAUGUGCAAAACAUGUCAAACUGCGUCAUGAAUGGCAAAUUGCUCUUCGUUCUUUGCCCAGUGC